CCAUUUUGCGAGAAUGUCAGCCAAAUCAUCAGCUCGCUUUUAUAAUUAAUUUUUAUGUUAUUUUCCGUGUAAUUACUGUGAUUUUGUUUUUGAUACAAUACAAAACAACCGUGCAGUGAAAUGGAUCGAUUUAUUAGCAUGUGGAAAGUCCGGGAGUUGGCGGACAAAGUGACCAAUGUAGUUAUGAACUACACGGAAGUGGAGGGUAAGGUUCGUGAAGCUACAUCUGAUGAAGCGUGGGGGCCGACGGGUCAGCAGAUGCAGGAACUGGCGCUAGCGACCUUCACCUACGAGCACUUUCCGGAGGUCAUGUCGAUGCUGUGGAGGAGAAUGCUACACGACAAUAGGUCGCAUUGGAGACGCACAUACAAGUGUCUCCUACUCCUGAGCUAUCUGGUGAGGAAUGGCUCGGAGAGGGUCGUCACGUCGGCGAGGGAACACAUCUAUGAUCUGCGCUCGUUGGAGAACUACACAUUCGUUGAUGACCUUGGAAAGGAUCAGGGUAUCAAUGUGAGGCACAAAGUCCGCGAGCUGAUCGACUUUAUUCAAGACGAUGAAAAGUUAAGGGAGGAGAGGAAGAAGGCUAAGAAGAAUAAGGACAAAUAUAUCGGCAUGUCGUCCGAGGCGGUGGUGCUGGGAGCGCGCGGGGGCGGCGGCGGAGGUGGCGGAGGGUGGGGGGAGUACAGCGACCGCAGCACCUCCUGGGAUGACAGUAAAGAGAGGAACGACGAAGACGAUUACGAAAGGGAGGACUCGGACGGCGAGUAUGGGAAUAAGAGACCGAACAACGCGGCGCGGCGGCGCGACGAGUACCGCGACGCCGACGCGCCCGCCCCCGCGCCCGGCGCGCGCCCCGCCCGCGCGCGCGCCGCCCGCCUGCCGCUCGGUGCGGCGUCAACGUACGGCAAAACUCCCGUUGUAACCAUCGCCCCGGCAGCCAUCAACAAGAACACCAACAAGUCACAAGAGUUGCUGGACGACCUGUUCAAGACUUGCCCGGUGCCAAACUCGCCUGGAGAUAACAACAACGACAGCGGAAACUCCGAAAUUAUCUCCACGAGUCUCAUCGAAGAUGACUUUGACCCGAGAGCGGAGGAGCGCGCUUCGGUGCCAAAGGCUGAGGCAGACUUCGGAGACUUCACCGCAGCCUUCGGUCCGCCCGCCCCCGCGUCCUCGCCCACGCCCACGCCCACGCCUGCGCCCACACUCGCACCGCCGCCUUCAGUCAACGAGUUCGCAGACUUCAGCGCAUUCCACUUGCAGCCAGCGCCUGCCGUUCCAGCAAACACCUCGAACUUGUCCCUGCUAAGUGACCUGGAGCCCCCGUCCCAGCCCCUCAGCUUCGACCUGGAUUCGCUCAGCACACAGAUGGCCUCCAGCACCCUGCAGCCCACAGGAGACGAGCCGCCGCCGCCGCGCCGCCUCGUGCGCGCGCUGCGGCACUUCGUGGCCACGCUGCGCGCCGAGCCGCGCGUGCGCAGCCGGGCGCACGCGCUGCGCGUGGCCGACGCGGGCGAGCGGCUGCGGCGCGAGCUGGCCGGGCCGCUCACGGCGGCGCGGCUGGGCGGCGCCGACCCCCCCCGCGCGCCGCCCCGCGCGCUGGCCGCCCGCGCGCGCGCCGCCGCCGUGCGCGCGCUGCUGCCGCACUGGCCCGCCUUCCGCGACGACGCCGCCGCCGCCUUCGCCGCCGACGCCUUCCCGCUGGCGCUGGACGCGCUGGCCGACCUGUGCGGCUUCCUGCGGCGCGAGCGCGACGGCGCCGUGCUGCGCGCGCUGGCGGCGCUGGCGCUGGCGCACGGCCGCGGGGACGCGCCGCUGGCGGCCGCCGUGGCCUGCGCGCGCAGCCGCCCCGCCGCGCCCGACUGGGAGGCCUACGUGCAGCUGCUGGCCACGCUGCCCGAGCGCGUCGCCAACCGCCUGCGCGCCGCCACGCCGCGGGACUUCUCGCACGAGAACUACUCCUACGUGCUGCUGUUCCACAUCGUCCGCUGCAUCGAUUACAUGGCGGAGAGCAGCUUCCACGAGGGCGCGCAGUUCGACCUCCGCUACCUGGCGCACCUGUUGUCGAAGUUCGUGACGAGCUACAGUCUGAGCAACGCCGAGGGCGUCUACAAGUUCGUCGAUAUCCUCGUGGCGUGGACCGACACCGACUCCGCGGACGCGUGUCGAUUCGUGCGCAAGAAGCUGAUUCAGACUCUGCUGAGCAAGCUGAGCAGGCAGGCCAUAGACAAGAUGUCCCUGAUCCUCCUCACGAGGAGUCCCAUCAACUACAAGACCAAGGACCAGGCCAUUCGGAACGUCCUCGGCAACAACAUCGACACCAACAAGGACUGGUACGACAUACUCACGUUCAGGAUACCGUUCUACGUCCAUCCCAAAGAUUUCAGGGAUACGAGGAUACCGGAAAAUUUGAUAUACUACAUCUCGACCAGCAAGAAUUCCAUCGAGAUCCUGACCGAGAUGAUCCUGAGGCUGAGCAAGACGUGGUCGGAUGUGCACCUCAACAACGUGGUCAACAUCGACCACCACAUGCACACCUCGAUACUGCUGGUGCUGGCCGUCAAGUAUCGGGUGGUCAUCUGGCGGAUGCGCAAAAGUCCCUGGGACAUGAGCGAGAUGAAGAGAAUCCUCUACAAGGGCAUGUCCAAGCACUUGGAUAUUAUAUCGCAGGAAUUUCGUUGCGUCGGAAUGGCAACUAUAGAGAUAUUAUUCAAAAUGAUAGUGGAGGUCGACGAUUCGGACAAAAAGGCAGUCGACUGCUUAAAUUUUGAUUUCGAGGAGUUGGGACAGCUCUGCAUUGACAUAUUCAACACGCUGCAGGCCGUCACGCAGAAGUGUAUCAUCGAUGAUAAAUGUAAGAAGCCUAACGUCGACGUCAGAGUUAUAGAUCUCAAAAAGAAUUUAGACGAAAUCGCCGAGCGCUUCUCGGGGAACGUCGAGAGGCCGGUGCACAACACGAUAGUCACGUGUGCGGUGAAGGGCCCGCAGCAGACCAAGGAGAUCGUCAAAACCAUCAUAUCGGCCAAAUUAGAUGCUCUAGGGAAGACGGGGAAGAGUGUGGAUCUAGACUCGGACGACGAUCUGCAGCCUUACGACAUGAGCAACGAUGUCCCGGUCACGGCCAAGAAGAAACCCAAGUAUUUGAGGGACCUGCUGGAAAUAAUUAACGAAGGGAAAGAUAUGGAGUCGUUCGAGGCCGCGCUGACGGCCGCCGAGAACUUAGUCACCAAACAACUCAAGGGCGAGGACGAGAAACUAGCCAUCGAUUUACUAGAUGUGUUCAUACACUUGGAUGAGAAAUUCCACGUCGACGGAUUUAAUAAUCUCAAAUUUAAAACGGCAGUCGCGAUAGUGUGUAGCCAGCCUAAAGUGUGCGCGGAGCACUUGUGUAAGGAAAUACAUUCAGAUGUCGGCAGGUAUUCGAUAGCUACUAAAAUACUUAUGCUCGACGUAUUCACGGAGGCAGCGGAGAGGAUCGCUGAUAUGAAAACCGAGCCAGAGGAGAAGCAGAGGAGAGCGGACGGCAACCAAACGAAGGAAUUGCCCAGAGAUGAAAUAUUGAGACGGCGGCUUCUGAAGAAAACUAAAUAUUUCCACUCAAAGCGACCGCAUCCGUUCUCGAAAGCGAAGAAAAAUAUAUUCGCCUCAGUGUCCGACCACUUCUUCUACCCGCUGAUCAGCGGGUUCGGCUACCGGCAGCUCACACUGAGCCACCACAACAUGAAGCAGGAUGUCGAUAAGUUGCUGCUGCUGCGAUAUCUAUCCGCCGUGGGCACGAUCAUCCUCGUCUCGAAGAACUGUCCCAAAUGUCCGAUAUACUGCCGAGAAAUAUUACAAAUGGUUCUCUAUUUGAGGUUCACGCCGGAUCCGAAGAUCCAAACGUCCGUACUGUCGAUAAUCGCCUCGAUAGCCGUGGCCUUGCCGGAAUCGUUCCUGAAGGGGGAGUACUACGAAGUCAUGAUGGAGCUGUCCUCUUGGCUGGUGGACUGCCUCACCAACGCGGACCUGACCCACAGGCUGGGGGGGCCGAAGUCUGAUGCGGUCAUAUUCGCGGGAGAAGUGUUACAUUUGCUAGAAUCCGUUUUGUCAGAGUAAUGUUCCAUAUCUCAGUAUGUUAGCUGUAAGGUCUGUAGUUGUACUCGAUUAAGUGUAAUUGUAAUUUCGUUUAUGUAAUUCGCGUUAUGCGAUUGUAAUUCUAUGUAAUACCCACCGUGAUUGGCGAUCUGAGAAUAAAUGUUCUUGAUCUUUA